AUGUUCCGGUAUGCAGGUGUGAAUGUAUCAGAAGUUGUAGAAGUUUCAAUUACCUUAGCAUUUGCUAUAUUUCAUGCAUCAGUUCAGCUAAUUAUUUUUUUCACGUUCAUCUCUCGUCACUCGAUAAUAAAGUGCCUUAAUAUCAUCAUAAACGUUGAUAAAGAAUUGGAAUCUCAUGGAAUAACAAUUGAUCAUAAGAAGCAUAAAAAGUUUAUUAUGACUUGCAUUGUAUCCUUAGAAUGUUUCAUUGUCUUGACAAUUUCAGCGUCAUUAUACUCGUCAAAGGAGUUCUCAUCAUUUGCCCUGAAUGGAUACAUAUUGUGCUCGACAAUUGUUAAUAUUCACUUCGCAUUAAUCCUUUACUUACAAUUCAUUCUCAUCAUGUGGACUAUAAAGGCGAGAUAUCGAAAAGUUAAUCGAUUUUUAUGUGAAAGCUUUACCAUCAAGUACUACAAUGAUAGUGCAAAAUUAAACAAUCUAAAUAAAGCUGCAAAACUUCACGAUAUGCUUGUUAAUGCUUGUGAAUGUGUUAACGCUGGAUAUGGAAUUUCGGUGAGAAUUUUAUAG